GGACGCGCCGGGUGGAUGCGGGGGGCUCCUGGGAACGGGGCUGGAGCCGAGCUAGCGCUAGGCAGGCGCAAGCGCGCACAGACAAGCCACCCGAGGACCCCCCGCCCCCGGCCACCCGGGGACCCCCGCACAGAAUCGCCUCUGCACCCCCAGCCAUCCGCGGGAGAUGACGAAGAUGACGAAGAGGAAGACGAAGAGGAGGAAAUCGACGUGGUGACCGUGGAGAAGCGGCGGUCCUCCGCCAACAGCAAGGCCGUCACCACCUUCACCAUCACCGUGCGCCCCAAGAGCGCGGCCCUGGGCCCGGGGAGAGCCCAGCCGGGGGACCUGAUCCUGAUCCUCAAGCGCUGCGUCCCCAUCCACCAGCCGCACAACUACGCCGCGCCCCCGCCCUACGUAGACGAGGAGGCGCCGCCCCAGAAGAAGAUGAAGAGCGAAGCGUCCCCCCGGCCCCUCAAGAGCGUCAUCCCCCCGAAGGCCAAGAGCUUGAGCCCCCGCAACUCCGACUCGGAGGACAGCGAGCGCCGCCGGAACCACAACAUCUUGGAGCGCCAGCGCCGCAACGACCUGCGGUCCAGCUUCCUCACGCUCAGGGACCACGUGCCAGAGCUGGUGAAGAACGAGAAGGCCGCCAAGGUGGUCAUUUUGAAAAAGGCCACCGAGUACGUCCACUCCCUGCAGGCGGAGGAGCACCAGCUGCUGCUGGAGAAGGAGAAGCUGCAGGCCCGGCAGCAGCAGCUGCUCAAGAAGAUCGAACACGCUCGGACUUGCUAAACGGUUCUCCAACCUGGACAGUCACUGCCACUUUGCACAUUUUGAUUUUUGUUUUUGUUGUUUUUUGUUUUUUUACAUUGUGUUGACAUUAAGAAUGUUGGUUUACUUUCAAAUCGGUCCCCUCCCCCCCGUCGCGUUUGGAUCUGGGUGGGGAGCAGGACCUGUGGGGUUGGUUCUGCCAGGACCUCGGGAGAGAGGGCCUGGGUGAUGGGAUGCUGUGCGGCCCUUGACGUUUCCUCCGCGUCACCUCCGAGACGGCCGUGGGAGUGCGUGACCGUUGGGGAGCCUCUCGGGCUGUUGAAGUCACCUUGUUGCAAGUCUCCAAACAUCAGAAUGUCAUUCCUUUUAAAAUGGUGCUUACGUUCCAGCCGAUGCCACGGGAGGGGUUUGCCAUUGAGACCCCGAGGACACUUCUGUAAAUACCACUGACACGCCCGCCUUUUGUAUGCGUCCGGGUAAUGAGAGGUGGCUUUUGUGGCCAGUAUUAGACUGGAAGUUCAUACCUAAGUACUGUAAUACCUCAAUGUUUGAGGAGCAUGUUUUGUAUACAAAUAUAUUGUUAAUCUCUGUUAUGUACUGUACUAAUUCUUACACUGCCUGUAUACUUUAGUAUGAUGCUGAUACAUAACUAAAUUUGAUACUUAUAUUUUCGUAUGAAAAUGAGUUGUGAAAGUUUUGAGUAGAUAUUACUUUAUCACUUUUUGAACUAAGAAAACUUUUGUAAAGAAAUUUACUAUAUAUAUAUGCCUUUUUCCUAGCCUGUUUCUUCCUGUUAAUGUAUUUGUUCAUGUUUGGUGCAUAGAACUGGGUAAAUGCAAAGUUCUGUGUUUAAUUUCUUUCAAAAUGUAUAUAUUUAGUGCUGCAUCUUAUAGCACU